AUGGAGCAUGAACAAGAAGGCAAUGACAUUUCAUAUGACUAUGACAAGUAUGAUGAUGAAGAGACCAUUUCUGGUCACGGCUGUGGCUGUUUCCGUGUAUUCUCUUACUUUAGUACUCGCCCGUAUGAUGGAGAAUCAACAGCGUUUAUCUACCACAGAUCUGGAGACGUUUUGGACAAUGAAAGUUGGUUAAUGAGUCGACUUAAGGCAAUAAAGGAGUUUUCGGAAGUGGUGGCAGGCCCUAAGUGGAAGAACUUUAUAAGAAAGUUUAGCAAGAAACAACCCAGGAGAGGGAAUUCGCCGUUUCAAUAUGAUCCAGAGAGCUACGCCCUCAAUUUUAACGACGUUAGUGGUGAUGCUGGAGAUGAUGAAUCGUUGCCUCGUAGUUUCUCCGUGAGAUAUGCUCCUCAUUCGCGAUCAAUGGCGAGUUAA